AUGGGUAUCGGAACAGCGCUUGGCUUUGCACGAGCAGUUCAUCAGGUGUUCAAGAGAAACAUGAUUCCUGAUAGUAUCAGAAACAUUCUCAGUGAGCCUACAGCAACAGAAGAGGAUAUUGUUCUGGCCGAAGAGAAGUCCUUCGGUCAUGGCUUCAUUUAUACACGACAUCCCGUUAGGAAAGAGGACUGGAUCAUCAGAAUUAUUGGAAAUGGUCUUCAAAUCGUGGAGAUGGAUAUGAAAGAUGAGGUCAUCACAGUUAUGCUCAGAAAUGGAUUACGAGCUGGAGACGACGGGCUGGACGAGUUCGAGGAUAUAUCCAGAACAAUAUUCCAGUUACUACGUGAUCACUAA